UGAUUCAACAACUUUGAUGUUGUGUUUGGUGAGGAUAAGGAUGAAAUUUUCCAUCUUUAAAGGGGAAAAGUUGAUUCUGGGGUUGUAAAAGUGAACAGGUGGGUCUGAAGAGGUACAGUUCUUUAUUGGGGUUGUUAGAUCGUGUGAUUUCUUGGAAUAUUGGAGCUUAAUACGGACUGAAUUUGAAGGUGACUGUUGAUAAUUCUGGGUCUUGGGAACUGAGGAGAAUUGAUUGGGUAAAACUGGGUUUCUUCUAUUUUAAGGGAAAGUAAAAACUUUGGCAGCAGUUGUUAGUGAUUUUGGCUCAUCAAGGAGUAGUGAUUUGAUUCAGCAGAAAUGACUAUAGGGGAUCAAAGUGAGUCGGACACGAUACUUCCAAGUAGGAAUAGAAUGUCAGUUGAUGUGGGAGCUCGCAUCCAGAUGGAAGAGCAAGUUAUUCCAGGAGAAGAAUAUGCUCCUAAGAUAAGAAAACCAUACACCAUUUCAAAACAAAGAGAGAGGUGGUCAGAGGAAGAGCACAAAAAGUUCCUUGAAGCAUUAAAGCUUCAUGGUAGGGCAUGGCGACGUAUAGAAGAGCAUGUGGGAACCAAAACUGCAGUUCAGAUUAGAAGCCAUGCUCAGAAGUUCUUUUCAAAGGUUGUUCGUGAAUCGAGUAAUGGUGAUGCAAGCUCUGUGAAAUCCAUUGAGAUCCCACCUCCUCGGCCUAAAAGAAAACCGAUGCACCCUUAUCCACGGAAAAUGGCAACUCCACUUAAAAGUGGAACCCUGGCUUCAGAGAAAUUGAAGAGGUCUGGUUCACCUGAUCUCUAUCUCUCCGAGCCAGAGAAUCAGUCUCCUACCUCUGUGUUGUCUGCCUUUGGUUCAGAUGCAUUUGGCACGGUGGAUUCCACUAAGCCAAGUGAGCAGUCAUCACCCGUUUCAUCAGCUGUCGCUGAGAAUUCUGGUGAUCUUGUACUUUCUGAACCAUCCGAUUUCAUUGUAGAGGAGAGCAGAUCUUCACCUGCCCGAGCUUAUACUAGUUCAAAUCCGGCCAAUCAGGCUUGUGUGAAACUAGAGUUGUUUCCUGAAGACAAAGAUUUUGUGAAAGAAGGCUCGGAUGAGGCAUCAUCUACACAGUGUCUGAAGUUGUUUGGUAAAACCGUAUUAGUCACUGAUGCUUAUAUGCCUUCUUCAACUUCUGGCCAAAUAUCACUGACAGAUGAGAAUGAUGAGCCAGCAUCACGGACGUUGCCUCGAAGCUCCUUCCCUGCAAACUGGGAUUCAGAAUGUCCCCGAAGUACCUUUUCUAUCGUCCCUCCUACGCCAUCAUAUUACUUUCCCACACCAAAUGGAAGUCCAGGGCCUAACCAAAGUGACUCUUCUACUCCUCUUUUGCCAUCAUGUGCAUCAUCUGCUGCAGCAGUUCGUUGCACUCAGGUGCAUAACCCAAUUCCAAUGAAGGGACGUCCACUCUUUAAUGACAGAGAUUUGGAAGGAAAGGAAACUCAAAAGGAAGGGUCUUCCACCGGCUCCAACGCAGAGUCAGUAGAUGCAGAGUUGAGUGGAGACAAGAAUUUGGAAAUUGAAGCUCAGAGUAGUAGUCGAAAUCUGGUAGAAGAGUCGGUUAGAGGCAGUUUGUUUGAACGAAGAGCAAAUUCCACAAAGCGUGUGAAGGGUUUUGUUCCAUAUAAGAGAUGUUUAGCUGAAACAACAUUAACUGGGGAAGAAAGAGAGGAGCAACGAACCCGGUUAUGUUUGUAGUUACUUGCUUGUGCUUGUUUAGUUUGUUUGUAAAGGUUAGCACAUAUCCUUUUUUGGUUCUAAUUAAUUAUAAUAUCCGUUUGCCGGAUAACUGGAUGAAGAUAAGCAACACCAUGGCAGCAAAGGCCCUCUAGUUUUUGCUGAAUGGCAGAAGCAGUCUUCGUAAUUUUUCUGAAUCAAUUGUUCAAAUGUAUGUUGAUAAAUUAAGUCUUGCAACUUCAUCUCAUCACUUGCACUUUUGGCAGAUGAGCUAACAAUCUUUGUAACUCUACUCUUUCCAAGUAAUGAAUGCUCACUUAUC